ACUUCUAAUAGCGUUUCAGUUGGAAUUCGUUCUCAAUAGAGAAACAUCUGGGAAAUAAGAGGUCACACUAUUUGUGAGUGAGUGAUUUUUACCAUCUUUUUCUUUUACCAUCGAACAUCACUCGUUGUAAUUGAGUCUACAUAAUAACAUCAAUGGCUGACUCCGAAAAAGUCCAAGACCAACAACCGUUGAAGCAAAAAAUCCAAAACCACUCGGAUGGAGUUAAUGGCGAAUCAACACCAGACUCCGUUAUUCAACAAAAACAAACGAUCGCCGAAAAAGUCACCGGAACUGUCAAAUGGUUCAAUGUAAAAAGUGGCUAUGGUUUCAUUAACCGCAAUGAUACCAAAGAAGAUGUAUUCGUACAUCAAACGGCUAUCAUAAAAAACAAUCCAAAGAAAGCGGUUCGAUCGGUUGGUGACGGUGAGGUGGUUGAAUUCGACGUCGUCUUGGGCGACAAAGGGAAUGAAGCGGCCAAUGUAACUGGUGUCGGCGGCGAACCAGUUCAAGGUAGCCCAUUUGCUGCGGAUAAACGACGUGGAUUCCGUUUGUGGCGACAAAGAGCACGUCGUCGCACACAAAAGUCCGAAGGUAGUGCCAACGAAAAUGGCACAAAUGACGAGAAUCCGGAAGGAAAUGGUGAAGAAGGAAAGAAGCGACGCUUCAGACCACGUCGCAAUCGUUUUGGUCGUAACAGAGGUCAACGAUCACAAGGACAAGAUGCUGAAGAGUCGGGUGAAGGUGGUGAAACGACCGGUGAUGAUGGUGGUCCACGGAGUGGAAAUUCGGUUGGAAGACGUAGACGUUUUUUCAAGCGUAAUUUCCGUCAACGUAAGCCCGGCAACGAGAAUGCCGGUGAUGGCGAUCAAAAAGACGGCGAAAAUGGUUCGAACGGCAAUGCUGCCCGUCGGCCAAGAAAGACACGUUUCCGUGAUCGCCCACGCAAUCGACCAAAUAAAAAUCGCAGCGGCGAUCAGAACGGUGGAGAGGCUCAACAAAAUGAAUGAAUAAACAAAAAUCGAGAGAAAUCGAUUUGAUGACAAACAAAAACUGCAUCAAAAUCGCAUUCUGGUCAACGAUCCAAACCAGAUUCCAAUUUCUUCUCAUUUCAAUGAAUGCAAUACUGAAGCAAAACCAACAAAAAAAUGAACAAAAAAAAGAUUGAUUAGAGUGUGAAGUGUGUGUGCUAAAAUAUCCAACUCAAUUGCAUUCAAUGAAUUUCAAGAUAUUCUCUAGUUUAAGACACCUCCUUGAACCAUCUUAACAGAAUGGUAUCUUCAAAAAAAUCUCACCCAGUGACUAAUAAAAUUGUGUGAAAUGUUAUUAAUAUAAUUUCACUCAUAAGGGCAGCUCUGUCGCGUUUAUUUAAAACAAAAAAACACAUUUCAUUGUUUUUGUGA